AUAUAUCUCGUCGUGCUGAGAGUAGCAUUCGGACGUAUCUCUUUCUCCAGUCCGAGGUGAUUUUCUCGCUCGAAAAGUCCACUGCAGUGCGUAGCAUAAUAUAGGUAGGUGAGGAUAAUUCGGAGCGCAGUAUUGAGUUUGAGGUUAACGGCAUUUAAAGAAGCUAUUUUCUUAUCGGUAAAGACUGACAAGUAAUUCUGGCGUUUUAUUAGUGCGGUGCGCUGCUGACUGCGCUGCUGCGGCUAGAGAGAGACCGAGCGAGUGAAGUGUGUCGCGGAUUACCGAAGUCGACUUGUGCACACAAACACGCGAGUAUACUUAACAGAGAGAAAGACGCAUAGAGUGGAGCGCAUUUCGCCUGCGUCACUUUUUUUCGACAUUUUCUCGCUCCGCGUCCUCGGGCGAGGCAAGACUGAACAAAUAAUCUCGUUUGCAUCGCCGCGAAAAUAACCUCAAAAUCCAAGCGGAGCUGAUCGAGUAGCAGCAGGCAGGAGUGUGUACCUACGUAAACGAGCGGCCGUACGCGCGCGCCGCCUCCUCUUUUUUCUUCUUCGUCUUUCUCUCGCUCGCUUGAGUAGUAAGUGGUGUACCCACACCUAAUUUCAUUUUCUCGCGAGUGCGACAAUUGGAAAGUAUACGCGGGGCGUGUGGGACUGCCUCCAGGAUCGCGAAAACACACUCGGAGGUGGAACAGCGGCUGCUGAAGGAGAACCGAGCGAUAAACGGCGGUGACGGCUUUUCUCGCACACAACAGUUGAGUGCUUGCCGAAUUGACAAGGACCUGACGAGUGCUCCAAUUUGGAUCUGAGCAUCAGCCUAUGCGAUUCAGAGUGAAAUUUACUCUGCCUCGGUGGAAGAUGUCUGACCUGUCCAGCAGGCUGUCCAAAAGUGCUCGCAUGACAAGGGCCUUCACCAUGGAAAUUUGUGUUUAUGUGAUUUAAUCAAGAACAGACUUGAAUUAUUAGUGAUUAUAAUCUAGUGCCAAGAGUGCAGAUGGAUAAUCAGGGAUGACUGAGAAUUGUUGGAAUUCUGGUGGUGGCGCUGGCGUCAAGAUGGAGCAGUUUCAGGCCACCCUGGACCCCAGGAAGCAGGAGUUGCUGGAGGCCCGCUUUCUCGGCGCGAGGGGUGGUCAGAGCAACGCGUCGAGUAAAAAUGCGCUUAACAACAGUCAGUCGUCGUCGAUGCCGAACGCCGCCGCCGUCAGGUGCGGGCAGCCGACUGCCCUGGGAAUAGACUGGACACGCCGCGAAAAUGCCACCUCACGUGAUCACCAGCGCAACUCGUCCUCCAGCCACGCACAGGGCCAACUCUCUCAGAUGUCUGCUGGGUCACAAAUUCAGAUGGCACCCCAAUCAACGAUAAACUCUGGUCAGUCGGUUCAUAGUCAAGAUUCGAACAUGAGCACCGUGACAACCAUGCUGUAUUUUUUGACAGGCUCGUCGCAUAGCGACAAGGAGGUAGAUCCAAACACUCCAGAGAAGGUGCCAAGAACCCCUUCGGAGAGGAAGAGGAAGCGCAAGGCAGACGAUAGUGGAGGAGGUUUGGUGGGUCCAGUUAGCAGCAAAGGUGCCAGGUCCGCUGCUGUUUUAGAUAGUAAGAAAAUAAAUGACUAUUUUCCAAAGCACCACAUGGGCAGUAGUCCCAUCAGGCACGGAGGUGCCAAAAGUCCAUCCCCGCAGGCAUACCCAAUGUAUCCGCCAUCGCCGCAGCAGCCGCUGAUAGCUGGCCAAGUGACGACGGGUACGGGCAGUGCCGCAGGCGUAUCGACGACGGCCAGCGCCGGGGGCGUCGGGUCCUCCGUGCCGCCGGUGGGUUCCUCGUCGACGACAGGCGCCGCGGUUACAAGCGGCGAAUUUCCCUCGCUUAUGCAGCCCCCCCGUCCUCCUCUGGGCUCGGGUAGUGUAGCCCAGCCAACUCCCACCGCCGCCGCGGCUGCUCCGAAUGUCGCCGUAACGGCGGCGGCGGUCGCCUCGAGCACGACGUCCGCGUCCGCGGCCACGGCAGCGACGGCCGCGGCUGUCGUCGGCGGUUCCUCCGCUGCGGCUGCUGCGCUGCAACCCGCUGGCUCGAUGGUCAGCAAGCAGGUGCAGGUAAGGCCUACCAACCUACCUAGGACAAGCCAGGUCAGGCAAGCGAAGACUAACACCCCAAAUACGGAGCUCACUUGCCAGAGGAUACAAGAGUUCGAAAAUCAAGCAUCCUCCGAUUUAGAAUUACGUAACAAUAAAAUCGACGAGCUAAAUAGGACGGCAGAGGAGCUGAGGCACCAGAUAACGAAUCAGCAGAAAGCGAUAGAGCAGCACAAAUCCCAUAUAAAUAAGUGUAUAGAUGUUGUAAAGAAACUGCUAAAAGAGAAAUCGAACAUUGAGAAGAAGGAGGCGCGACAAAAGUGCAUGCAGAACCGACUGAGGCUGGGUCAAUUCGUGACGCAGAGGGUGGGCGCCACCUUUCAGGAGAACUGGACGGAUGGUUACGCUUUUCAGGAGUUGGCCAGACGUCAAGAGGAGAUCACGACUGAACGCGAGGAAAUCGACAGGCAGAAGAAACUGCUGUUGAAAAAGAGGCCCUCAAACAGUGAAACAGGAAGGAAGCGAAGCAGUCAGCCGGCACAGGCAACGUCGUUGCACAAUGGUACCGAGGCGACGUUUCUCAAACCGGACGCAGUGCCGGGCUCGUACACAUGGCAGGAGUAUUACGAGGCCGACGAGAUCUUAAAGCUGAGGCAGAGCGCUCUCAAGAAAGAGGAUGCCGACCUACAGCUCGAGAUGGAAAAACUGGAGAGGGAGAGGAAUCUGCACAUCAGGGAGCUCAAGCGCAUCCACAACGAGGACCAAUCGAGAUUUAAUUCUCAUCCAGUGCUCAAUGAGCGGUAUCUACUGCUGAUGCUGCUCGGCAAGGGCGGCUUCAGCGAGGUACAUAAGGCAUUUGACUUAAAAGAACAACGGUACGUGGCUUGUAAAGUUCACCAAUUGAAUAAAGACUGGAAAGAAGACAAAAAAGCCAAUUAUAUCAAGCAUGCGUUGCGAGAGUACAAUAUUCACAAAGCAUUGGAUCAUCCACGAGUUGUAAAACUGUACGAUGUGUUCGAAAUAGAUGCAAAUUCAUUUUGUACUGUCCUUGAAUACUGCGAUGGCCAUGAUUUAGAUUUCUAUCUCAAACAGCAUAAAACUAUCCCGGAAAGAGAAGCAAGAUCUAUUGUAAUGCAGGUCGUAUCGGCAUUAAAGUACCUCAACGAAAUUAAACCCCCAGUUAUACAUUAUGAUCUAAAGCCAGGAAAUAUUCUCUUGACGGAAGGCAAUGUAUGUGGAGAAAUCAAAAUAACCGAUUUUGGAUUAAGCAAAGUAAUGGACGAAGAAAACUACAAUCCGGAUCAUGGAAUGGAUCUGACGUCACAGGGAGCUGGCACUUAUUGGUAUCUACCACCCGAAUGUUUUGUAGUAGGAAAAAAUCCUCCAAAGAUAUCUUCAAAAGUAGAUGUUUGGAGUGUAGGAGUCAUUUUUUACCAAUGUCUGUAUGGCAAAAAGCCUUUUGGACAUAAUCAGUCGCAAGCCACAAUUUUAGAAGAAAAUACAAUUUUAAAAGCAACAGAAGUUCAAUUUGCGAAUAAACCGUCAGUCAGCAACGAAGCCAAGAGUUUUAUUAGGAGUUGUCUAGCAUACAGAAAAGAGGAGCGCAUUGACGUGUUAACACUUGCACGCCACGAGUAUCUCCAGCCACCUGUGCCGAAACACGGACGUCAGGCAAACAGCCAACAACAGCAGCAACAACAACAGCAGCAGCAAAUUCAGCAGCAACAACAACAGACUUCCUUCAGUACCGGCAUGUUUAGUGGUAUGAACGCGUCGAGCAGUUCGUAGUUGUGGACGACAAAUAGUAGCAAACAGCGAACUGGACUCACGAAAAAAACUUGUAUACAUGCCAAACCUUGGAAUAACUCCGAACUGCGCAACACCAUCUUAUCUUAACACAAGUCGGACGGAAGCAAAUGUGAACGUAAACGAAAGCUAUAACCAAUUGUAAAUAUUUAAAAAGCAGGGAGAAACAAAGGAUAAACAGAGAUUUGCCACCACCGCCACACAACCGAAAUAAAGCUACACAGAGAGUAGUGGCUCCAGAGAAUAAAAGAGGACGCAAUGCGAUUAUUAAAAUAUAUAAACGAAAGUCUCUGUGUACUGGAGAAAGGAAAAAUACACAGACAAAAUUGCGUCUUUCUGGAACAUCGCAGAGUUGCUGUCGAACCAUUUAUUCAAGCAUGACAAAAGACAAAAAUGUUGUGUUCGUAAAUAUUCAAUUGUAUUAUCGUUCCUUGUAUCGAAAAGAACAGUGGGUUGACUGAUAAUAGUGUUAUUAAAAAAAGAUGAAGAGUCGAGACAAACGGAUAAACAUGUGAUAAGUCGUUGUGAAUUAAACGAAAAAAGUGGAGUUUAGACUAAGGAGAGGAAAUUUCGAGGUAAAAAUGAGAUAACAUAAAUGGUAUCCAGUGGAAGUGAAAUUACUCAGUGAUGAGUAGGACAACAGAAAGAAGAGAGUGAGCGACAUGGAGAGAAUGAGAGAGCGAACAAGCUUGAUUAAACUGAAAGGAAAGAGAGCAACGAAGGAUGAAAACUCCGGGGCAAUUCGCGCGAGUAGCGGAAAAUACAUAAAAACUAUUAAGACUUCCUUUUUCGGGAUGUUCUUCCUCUCUUAUCUGACAUUUUUGAAAAAAAAAUUAUUGCAUGAAUGGAUAGGGUGAUUGCAAAAUUGUUGAAAAAUAAGAACUACUAGCCUGUAUGUAAAUAUUUAUGCUAUAUAUAUAUCUAUACUAAUAAAUCUGAUAUAAUAUAUAUAUAGUGUAAAAAACAAAGUAAUAAAACAGACAGAGAGAAAAAAGAAAGAUCGCAUUGACAGAGAAAGAGAUGAAAAAUUAUGUGUGGUGGCUCAAUCCUCGCAUGACCGCCGUGUAGUGUCAAGUAUUCUAUGAAUACUUGACCCUCACAUCAUGUUACUUUAUUCAAAUAUUAAUAAUUAAUUACUUAUAUCGUGAAUUAUAAAAACGAAGAAAAACAAUUAACACGCGUCGUGAAUACACACGUACACAAAACACGAGAAUGUACACUCUUAUACACAAAAAAAUAAAUAAAUAUGGAGAUUUGGUUAGUUGUUCCUAAGACUAAACUGGAUCGACUAUAAAAUUGAGAAAAAGAGAACAGGCGCGAGUCAAGGGUUUUCAGUGGGUGUAUAAACUCCCAAAUAAAUGACACGUAAAGAUAAACGGUAGAAAAAAAAACAACCACAAUUACACGAGUAUAAAAUUAAAAAACAUAACAGUGAAAGGAAAACGAAAGAAGCUGGAAUGAUACAUGAAUUAAAUAGGAUCGUGCUCCACCCACUUUUUAAUUCCUCUGCUCAAAUUUUUAACUAUUCGAAUAAUGAACGCGUAGAAAAAUUAAAUUUUCUUGUCCCGGGGCUCCGUCGUAUCGCUCUUUCAAAGCGUGGACUCCACUUACCUUUAUUAUACUGUAGUAAUAUUUUGUUCGUGCUAAAGAAAGAAAAUUUAUAGAUUUGUAAUAAUCAGGCGAUUUGAAAUUCUUUUAAGAGGACGAGAAGCAGAAAAAAAUUUAAGGAUAGGUUGAUGAUGACGAGAGUUAAGCAUCAUAAUAAUUAUACCGACCUGAUCAUUAAUAGUUUCUUUACUCAUAAUUUGUUUUAUAUAUGUACGUUAUACAUAGAUAAUUAUGAAAUAGAAGACUAAGUUAUUUUAUCAAGUGCCCUUGCUUUGUAUUAUAGUCGCGUCUGUUGACAAAUCGCAGCUUUUGGGAGUACUAGAGAUGAUGAAAAAAGAAUCAAGAGAGAAUUCAUGAGAACGUUUGUGCGAAUUAAAAAAAUGUGUGAAAGAAUUACAAGUGUGAAUGGACAUUAUCGCUAGAGUGAAAUAACGAGAAAGUGUAUGCGAAAGAAUACAAAAAACGAGAGUAAAAGAACUUGUUAAAAAGAGUUGUAAGCUGUUGGUAGAAUAUUGUGGGCACGACGACGAUGUCUCAAUUUACCAACACAAUUGGCAAAAAGUGUGGACAAAGGAGAAUACAUACAAGUCUGAACAGUGUCUACUAUUA